ACUCUCGUUUUCAACAUCCGACGAAAAAACAACCGCCAUCUUUAAACAUCGAAGUAACAUGCAAUGAAGUCACAAAAAUGAAUCUUGAAGAGUUUUUACGUAAUUCGCAACGAGUGAUGAGGGACGUCACGCGCUCUUUAUCAACAUCUCCAUCAGUGGAUACCCUGAAUUCGUCGAGCAUUCGUUUAGAUGCUCUUUGUAGAAAUAUCAACAGGAUGUCUGCCCAGUUUCCAGAGUGCAGCAGUCUUCUAAACGAUGUCAUUGAAAUUCAAGAUAUUAUUGGUUCCAUGAAAAGGGAACAACAGGAGCAGAAUGUAACAAUGAGACCUUCUUACGAUGGCAGUCAGAGAAUGGGUCGACCUCGUUUCCAUAUUCCCAAGGAACAGCUGGAGCUUCUACUUGAACUCAGAUUUACUGAUGCUGAUAUUGCUAAUAUGAUUGGUGUUAGCAUUUCAGUCAUCAAACGUCGUUUAAGAGAAUAUGGUCUGGGUCGUCAAAAUCAGUAUACCACUAUAUCCAACGAGGACUUGGACACGCAUGUUCUCAGAUUGACACAUGGCAAUCCACUUCUGGGCCAAUUUAGUUCUUGAACUGUCUGUGGGUCUGUGGGGCAUGGUCAUACAUGGUGGCAUAGAUGGAUUUAGCCGUUUGGUAGUGUUCCUAAGAAUGUCCACCAACAAUCGGGCAGAGACUGUCAUGGACUGCUUUACUGAGGCAACUGCAAAUUAUGGAAUACCUUCUCGUGUCAGAUGUGACCAUGGUGGAGAAAACAAGGAUGUAGCUUUGUUUAUGAACUCUCAUCAUGGUGAGUCAAGGGGAAGCUGCAUUACAGGGAAAUCAGUCCACAAUCAGCGCAUAGAGAGAUUCUGGCGUGACCUCUACACAGGGUGUUCUUUCCGUUUCAAGGACUUGUUUCACAAGCUAGAAGAAGAGGGAGUGUUGGAUUUGAACAGCGGUGUUCACUUGUGGAGUUUGCACUAUAUAUUCUUGCCACGAAUUAACAGAUCUCUGGACCAGUUUGUUCAGGGUUGGAACAACCACAGGCUGAGCAGUGAGCGUGGCAAAACUCCCAAUCAGUUGUUUGUGCAGGGGGUUAUCCAGAAUAGAGGAUCAAACCAAACUGGUGUCAGCGAAAUACUUCAUGAACCAGACAUGACAGAGUACUAUGGUGUUGAUUGGGAUGGUCCAGUUCCACAAGAAGAUGGAGAAGUUGAGGUGUCAGGAUUGCCUUGUCCAGUGAGUAAUGAACGCCUACUUCAGCUGAAGAGAACCAUUGAUCCUCUUGGACACUCAGAAGAUGGCUUCGGAGUUGAUUUGUACAGAAGAACUGUAGAUUUUUGCAACGAGAUAGUAGAAUAGAAAUAAUUAGGAGAGUUAUUAGUUUGUGAAUAUUAGUCCAUGCAUCACAGACUAUUAUUUGAAAUAUGUUUCACUUCCUUUAUCAGCUAAUGUGAACUGUAGUUGUUUUUCAUUGUCAGUUGUGCUUCACACUUUCCCUUAAACACCAUUUUCCCCUUUGCUUGGUUUUACUUUUAUUAUUAUGCCCCCCUUUGAAGAAGAGGGGGUGAAUAUUUUAGCACAUGUCGGUCUGUUUGUCUGUCGGUGGGAUCUGUCCACCAAAUGGUUUCCAGAUGAUAACUCAAGGACGCUUAGGCCUAGAA